AGCAAACACAGAGGUGUUUUUCUUACAGUUUUGAACAUUUCUUCAGCGUGGGUUAUAAUGGAGUCAGAGCCAGUGGUGAAGAGUAAGGUCAUUCUCUCAGUUUACAUUAUUACCUUCCUGAUCGGCCUGCCAGCCAACCUCCUGGCUCUCUAUGCCUUCAGUGUCAAGAUUCGCUCCAAGCCGCUUCCAACAGACAUCCUGCUACUCAAUCUGGUUGUCUCUGAUCUGCUCUUCUUGACCAUCCUUCCUCUCAAGAUGCACGAGGCAGCGUCAGACUUGAUGUGGAAUCUACCCAACUUCCUGUGCUCCAUCACAUCCUUCACCUUCUUUUCUGCAAUCUACACCAGCUCCUUGCUGCUGAUGGCAGUGAGCGUGUUUCGCUACAUAGGGAUAGCUUUUCCUAUCACCUAUCGUCAGCUACAAAAACCUGCGCAUGCCAUUCUGAUCUGCGCUAUUAUUUGGUUCAUCUCAACAGCACACUGCAGCAUCACUUUCUUCAUUCAGCACCACCCUUCCCUGUCCAACAACAACACCACAGCAUGUUAUGAGAACUUUACAGAGAACCAAUUGAAGAUCCUCCUCCCAGUACGUUUGGAGUUUUUCUUUGUGCUCUGCCUUAUACCUCUUCUGAUCUGUAUUUACUGCUACUUGCAGUGCAUUAUGAUCCUGUACAGCCGUCCCAGGAUAUCCCCGAUGAAGAAGCAAAAGGCCAUCGGCAUGGCUUUGGGGACUCUAGCUGUGUUUCUCAUUUGUGUGUUGCCAUAUAACCUCUCUCAUUUAGUGGGCUUCUUACAGGGUUACAGCCCAAAAUGGAGGUACUACACCCUGCUGCUUAGCACCUUCAACACCUGUAUUGAUCCCAUAAUCUUCUACUUUUCCUCCUCUGCCUUCCGAUGCACUGGUGAAAAGUCAAUUUUCAGGAACUGUAGAUUACCUGCAUCAGGAUUACAUAAGCAGGGCGCAAGCUCUAGCCAAUAGUGAAAAAUUAUUUCAGUGCUAUUCAGUAUACCCAGCUUUAAUGUUUAUU